CUCUCUCUCUCUCAAACAGGAUAUAUUCUAAGUGCGAGUUGUCUCUCCCCUUGGUACUAUAUAUUUAUGUGCUUUCAUGCUUCACUUUGGAGGAGUCAAGGGAAAGUUACCAAACGGUUGAAGAGAGAAACUCCACCAACUCUUAAGUCUCUCCUCCCGUGCUUUCUCCGUUAUCAUUAACUUAAACUCUCCAUAAUUUACCAUCACUGACCAUAAUGCCUCAGAACUGCAUAGCCCCAAGGCCUGAAGAAAAUGGUGGAGUCUUGGCACGAGGUUUGCCAGACAUGUCAGAGAUGCAGAAGGCCUUGUACUCGAUAACUCUCAAGUUUGAGGAGAUUGUCUACAAAGUCAAGAUUGAGCAGAAGGGUUCGUGUUGGGGUACCUGGAGCAGCAAGGAGAAGACGAUCUUGAAUGGCGUAACGGGUAUGGUUUGCCCGGGAGAGAUCCUGGCGAUGUUAGGUCCAUCAGGAAGUGGCAAAACCACUCUUCUUUCCGCUCUUGGAGGGCGUCUUUCCGGUACUUUCUCCGGAAAAAUUACAUACAAUGGUUCGCCUUUCUCCGGUUCCAUCAAGCGCAGAACAGGUUUUGUUGCCCAGGAUGAUGUUCUGUACCCUCACCUCACUGUCUGGGAAACCCUUUUCUUCACUGCCCUUCUGCGUUUACCCGGCAGCAUGACCAGAGAUGAGAAGGCUGAACAUGUGGACCGAGUUAUUACAGAACUGGGAUUGACUCGGUGUAGGAACAGCAUGAUUGGAGGACCCUUGUUCAGAGGAAUAUCAGGAGGGGAGAAAAAGAGGGUCAGCAUUGGUCAAGAAAUGCUGAUCAACCCGAGUUUGCUCCUUCUCGAUGAACCAACAUCCGGUCUUGAUUCGACCACUGCUCAACGUAUUGUGACCACAAUCAAACGCCUAGUUUCUGGAGGAAGAACCGUUAUCACCACCAUUCACCAGCCAUCGAGUCGGUUAUACCAUAUGUUCGACAAGGUGGUUUUGCUGUCUGAAGGAAGCCCCAUCUACUAUGGCCCUGCAUCUUCAGCCCUGGAAUAUUUCAGCUCUGUCGGAUUCUCCACUUCCAUGACAGUCAACCCAGCUGACCUCUUACUUGACCUAGCUAAUGGAAUUGCACCUGAAUCUCAAGCAGAGAACUCGGAGCAAGAGCAGAAGACAGUGAAAGAAGCCCUUGCUUCAGCUUAUGAGAAGAACAUUUCUACUAAACUGAAAGCUGAACUCUGCAGUCCCGAGUCUCAUGGCUUUGACUCUGCCAAGGCUAGGGGAAACAACUUCAAGCCCGAACAGUGGUGCACAACUUGGUGGUACCAGUUCAGUGUACUGCUCCAAAGGGGAGUCAGAGAGAGAAGACAUGAAUCUUUCAACAAGCUUAGAAUUUUCCAAGUCGUCAGUGUGGCUUUUCUCGGUGGCCUUCUGUGGUGGCAUACACCAAAAUCUCACAUCCAAGAUAGAAUAGCCUUGCUCUUCUUCUUCUCGGUCUUUUGGGGCUUCUACCCACUCUACAACGCAGUUUUCACGUUUCCCCAAGAGAAGAGAAUGCUAAUAAAGGAACGAUCUUCCGGAAUGUACAGGCUUUCCUCCUACUUCAUGGCUAGAAAUAUCGGGGACCUACCUCUGGAACUUGCGCUUCCAACAGCUUUUGUGUUCAUAAUUUACUGGAUGGGCGGACUCAAACCCGACCCUACCACAUUUAUCCUCUCACUACUGGUUGUUCUCUACAACGUCCUAGUCGCUCAAGGUCUCGGCUUAGCCUUUGGUGCUCUUCUCAUGAACAUUAAACAAGCCACAACAUUAGCAUCUGUCACUACUCUUGUCUUUCUCAUUGCCGGAGGGUACUAUGUGCAGCAAAUCCCUUCCUUCAUCGUUUGGCUCAAGUACCUGAGCUAUAGCUAUUACUGCUACAAGCUUCUUUUGGGUGUUCAAUACAGUGAUGACGAUUACUAUGAGUGCUCGAAGGGCGUUUGGUGCAGAGUUGGAGAUUUCCCGGCUGUUAAAUCAAUGGGUCUGAACAAUUUAUGGAUAGACGUGUCGGUUAUGGCAUUGAUGUUGGUGGGUUAUCGGCUCGUUGCUUACAUGGCGUUGCAUCGAGUGAAGUUGAAGUGAAGUCCAGCAGAAGGUAACAACUAGAAAAAACACGAACAGGACACGACAGAGAGUUUAGUAUGAUACAAAAAACGAUGAUGCGGAAUUUUGAUCAUUUUUCUCCAUAUGUCCAGUAUAUCUGAUAACUUCCUUUUUUGUUUUAGGCUAGAUGGUAAUGCCUCUAAGUUUCAGAAUAACAUAUAUGGAUUGCGUUUUAUCUU